AUUUGAAAUACGAUUUCCAUUAUUCUGAAAUGUUCGAAAAUGAAUAGGUGGAAAAAAGAUUUUAGACGGAAAAAUGCAUUUUCCUUUUCGUUUCACUUGGGAAACACGACGGGCACUAGGACCGAACUGCGCCACUCCUCUAGCUCUCUUGCCGGUCAGCACUCGUAUCUCGCCGCACUUUGCAGCAGCCAGAGCCAGCAGCGCGUGGUCACUAUCUGUGUGUGAACUGUAGACUAUGGCAGCAAACCGGGUGGGCAGACGAUUAAAUAAUAAGACACAUUCCCCCAGCAGGGGUAACAGGGAGCCGGGACUGGCGGUACAGAAGAGGCAAGCCCGUGUUACGGUAAAGUAUGAUAGGAAGGAACUGCAGAGACGCUUGGACGUGGAGAAAUGGAUCGACGAGCGGCUGGUGGAGCUCUACCUGGGCAGGGAAGCAGAGAUGCCAGAAGAAGUGAAUAUUGACAGCUUGCUCGACCUUCCUAGUGAUGAGGAAAGGGCCAGACAACUGCAGGAUAUUUUGCAUAACUGUAACAACAACACAGAAGUAUUCAUUCGUGAGCUCAUCUUCAAGCUUCAUGGACUUCAAAAGCAGGAUGUUCUUCACAACAGCGGGAUGGAACCCCACAACUAGGGAAAUGGUUGAUGUAGGGAAGGCUGAAGGUGAUGAGCAGUGAAGAAGAGGAGAAAUCAGCUGAACUUUCCGUCGUCUUGAUGGUUAAAGGGGGGUGUGUGGGGUUGGUCUGGUUUUUUUUUCAUUUUUUUAAUAUUAAUUUAAUCUUAUAUGUACACACAGGGCCCACCCUGUCCACCUGCUUGCACAAGUCUCCAACCCUGAAAGACUGUCUGGUUGUGAAAGGAUCCCACUCGUAUCAGGCAUGUUCUCAUUUUUGGGUAAGGGAAGGUGUGGCAGCAGCACACGUUAUACUCGCGCCUGGCAUAUUUAAAUAAAGGCACUGUAUGCUGGGCUUAAACUCUGGCCAAAAAAAAAAUUCACCAAGAGUGUCUCUUUUUUACUCUUCAAAAUCCAAAAAGAUGAUAAAUUGAAAUUCACCCCACUAACCCCAACCUUUACAACUGCCAAGCACUAGUCCAGUCUUUUUCCACCAACAUACUGCCUCCUACUGUUCAUAUCACUGUUUCUCAAAGGCGCAGUCUGCUUAUUUGCGGCUGCAGCUUCUUCACUGUGUUUUAAUAAAGCAAAGCUCAUAUACAGCGAAUUAAAUGAAUUACUCGACACUCGGAGCAGCCUGCUGAAUAUCGCAGCUUUGAGUUGUGCCAAGUAGUGCUUCUCAGCAAAGGGCGAUGGGCACUUUGGAUUCUUCUUAUAUACUGAAUGCAUUUAAUGCCAAAUUUUACUGCCUUUUUUUUACUGUUUUAAUCUGAAUGUACAGUAUUUGUUUUUUCUUUUUAGUUUUUGAUGUAGAUUUUUCAACACUGUAAUAAAUUAUGUAUUCAACCAAAAGCA